AUGAUAGCGUCUGUAAAUCUCCGUUUAAUUCUAGUCUUGUUGCUCAUUUGUCGAGCUUCAACCGCGCCAGUAUCUCCAAAUAAACCUGAUCCGAUGUGCUCGUCUGCUCAUCUUGUUGCAUCGGAUCAAGGUUCGUUAGUUUAUAAAUAUAAAACUGAAGUGAAAUUAUCUGUUGCCAAUGGUCAAUAUGAUAUAAAAAAUCAGAUCACUGCUGAUGUACACAUUAAAAAUCUUAAUGAUUGUAAUUAUGCCGUUCAGCUUAAAAAUGUUAAAAUUACCGAAAGUCAAGAUGAAACUGAAUCACCAGUAACAUCACUCGCUACAAAAGAUCUCGAAAAUCUUGUUGUUCGAUGUCGUUGGGUUGAUGGAUUUCUUAUUGCUGUUGAAGCUGAUGCAUCCGCUAAAGCUGAUCAUGUUAAUUUCAUCAAAGGUAUACUUAGUGCACUUCAAGUGUACUCUCCUGUACCAACUGAUGGUGAAAACAUUGUACGUGAAGAAGAUGUACUCGGUGUAUGUACAACACGUUAUAAGUAUUCACAAAAAGGUGCUACAACACAAAUUAAUAAAAAUAAAGAUCUAUCAACAUGUUCAAAAGACAAAAUACAUUUAAGUUCAAGUCCUGUUUUAACUUCUCUUCUUGGUCCACUUGUUGAAGAAGUUUUCUCAGCUAAAUCACGUUAUGUAUGUCAAACAGAAAUUCGUGAUAAAAAAAUUCAAUCGGUCAAAUGUAAAACAAUUGAAAUCGAUUCAGAUAGUGAUAAAAAAUCAGCUGAUAAACAUACACAUGAUAAUCAUGAUCAUAUUGAUGGAAGUGAUAGUAGUUCAUCGGAAGAAGAUGAUCAUGAUUUUAGUGAUAAAGCUGAUGAGGAAGAAAUUUCAUCAAAACUUAUUUCAAUUAAACAAGAAUUAAAAUUACAAACAACAAGUGUUGUUAAUGUUGAUGCAGGUUCAAUUAAAAAUGCUGUUCGACAAACACUUCAAUAUGAUCCAACAACAUCAUUUGAUAGAUCAAAUGAAGUCGUUUUAAAUUUAGUUUCAAAAAUUCAAGGACUUUUAAAAUCAAAUGAUUGGGAUCAAUUUGCUUCAUCUCAUUUUGUGGAAGUAGUUAAUGAAUUAAGACGUAUGAGUAAAGCUGAUCUUCAUAAUUUUCAAGCAAAUGCAGAUAUUAAAAAUGUCGUACCAUUAUUUCUUAAAGAAAUCUAUUCACAUGAUCCAGUUGGUUCAUCAAUCAAUUUUGAUCCUGCUACUUUAAAAUUUACAAAUCCAUUAGCAGUAUUUUACUUGGAUAGUCCAACCGAAGAUUUAGUUAAACAAAUUGUUCAAAGUUCAACGAAAUUAACUGCAGCACAAGUACCGGAAUUUGUUGUACUUGCAGCAACAAUUCUCAAAUCAUACAAAGCUCGACAAGAUAAUAAUAAAGAUGCGAAUGAUAAAAUUAAAGAAUUUCAAAAAGCUAUUUCAAAGUUUUUAAAAAGUCCAGCCAAAGAUUCUAGUAAUGUAACAACAGCUGUGUUAGCUGCUUAUGCACAAUUGGGCGUAUAUGAUGAUCAAGUACGAAUUUUAGCUGCUAAUGAUAAAGCACCAUUAGAAGUACAAUAUCAAGCUCUUAAUACUAUUCGUCAUAUAUGCGAUGAUUUUAUUGAUGAUGCAAAUCAAGUUAAAAUUCGAACAGAUCUUCAAAGUCUUUUAUUGAAAAUACUUCAAAAUAAAUCGAAUAAAAAUGCUGUACGUGUAUGGGCAUUUGAAGCAUUGUUUACAUCAUUUAUUUACAAUCCAGAAGAAGAUGAUUCAACAUUAGGAGAUAAUUUAGAAAAGGCACUUUCAGAAAUACUCGAUCAACCACUUAAUCAAGUUAAUGGAUUUAUUUGGUCAGCAUUAAAAUAUUCAGUUCUUGAUCGUCUCUGUCCAUUACGUGGUCUUGCUGCUCGUCUCCGAGCUCAUCAUAGCAAUAAAAAACAAUUCUUAGAACAAGCAACAUUAUCUUCACGUCAAAUUCAAAUUGAAUUACCACUUCGUCGAAAUUAUCGGGCUGUCAUUCAUUUAUGUGUUGUAUUUGAAAAUGAUCGAGCUGUUCCAUCAUUUAUCGGUGGUAAACUUGCAUUUGAUGGUAUACGUCGUGAAACUCUUCGUUUACCAUGGAUUGAAGUAGCAUUAAUUAUUGAAAAUCUUGAUUGGAAUUUUGCAGAUUAUUUCUAUCGAUUAGAUCCAUUAAAUACAAAUAAAAAUGUUGAUGAUACAUAUAAAGAAAAAACGAAAAAAGAUUUACCAGCUGGUUUAAAAAAAUUACAAGAAACUUAUGAUAAUAAAGAUGAAGAUCCUGAUCCAUCUGUUCAUCUUUUUUUGAAAUUAUUUGGUGCUGAUAUACGUUCACGUGAUAUUACAGAUAAAGUUCAAGAUUUACUUCGUAGUAAUUUACGUACAUUUAUUCGAAAUCAAGUUUUAAAUAAAUUCAAAGAUCUUGCUGGAAAAAAUCCAAUAUUUCGUAUUCCAUUAGAAAUAGGUGCGGCAUCAGCAGCUGCGAAUGGUUUAACAUUAUAUAAAUCAGCUCAACUUGGUAUACUUGCUGAUUUAACAGCUGAUUUUAAAGAUACACGAGAUAGUGCAGGUUCAGGAACAUUUAAAUUAACAAGUCAUUCAGCGAUAAGUUUAUCAUUUACAUUUCAACGUGAAGUAUCAUCACCAUUGACAAGUCUUGGAGAAACAGUUCAAAUUGGUGUUUUAUCCAAUGUACCAUUUGAUUAUACAGCUGUUGCAGAUAAAAAUGGACGAACACGGGAAUUUAAUCUUCUUAAUACACAAUCAACACUCCUUGCAACCAAUUUUAAAUAUGCAUUACGUACGUCAAAAGGUGUACAAGAUGUUGCAAAUAGAAAAUCUGCUAGCAUUGAUCCAUCAUGUACACCAAGUACUCUCUAUCGUGCAUUGGGUAUUCGAGCAUGUUUAGAACUUAAUCCAUUCCGUUCAAUUCAACUUGGUUCUCGACCUUCGUAUCCAAUUACUAUCACUCUUAACAAAGAUCCAUCAAUUAAAAAAUGGCGUAUUGGUUGGCGUUUUGAUGCAAAAGAUGCUCCACAAUAUGAAGUUGCUGUUCAAAGUAUCGGUGCAACUACUGCUUAUCCUGGUUUAGGAAUUUCUGCAACUAAAACUGGUACUAAUUUCGAUAUUAAAGUUUUAACUGGCAUGAAAUCCUUUUAUAUCAAAGGCACACAAACGGGUAAUAAAUUUGAUGGUACAGUUUAUUCCAGUGAUGAUAAAGAAGUAAUGACUACAUCGGGAACAUUAGUUAUUAAUAAUGAUGGAUUUAAAUUGGAUACUAAACUUGUUGAUAUUGCAAGUAAAAAAGAAGUAUUAGCAUUAAAAACUGAUAUCGUACCAAAUCGUGGCAAAGGUCUUACAGCUGAUAUUGCUUUAACAACACCAGAUAAAGCUCGAUCAUUUAAAAUUCAUUUUCUUGGUGAUUUAUAUCAACCAAAUAAUCGAUUGGUGCAUAUUGAUGCAGGUUUUGUUCUUGGUGACUUAAAUUACAAUGGUAAAGUACAUCUUGAACGUAGUGCUGAUCAAACACGCAUUGAAUUACGUCGUUCAAUGAAAUUGGGUAAAAAUUUACCACAAAACGGUUAUGAUUUUAUUUAUGAACGUAAACAUACUAAUGAUAAAACAAAAAAUGAUUGUAAUAUAGUUUCACAUUUAUCAUUACGAACACCACAACGUGAUGAACCCGUGAAAGUUUUUGAUUUCAAAUCAGAUUUUACUCGAACAACUGAUUUAUCAAAUGCAACACUUCAUAGUUCACUUGAUUUUGUAUUAUUAACACGUAAUCCACCAGUACAAGAACGAAUUGAAGUUGAUUAUAUUCGACAAUCAAGAAAACCAAAUAGUCAAGCAAAACGUUUAAUAUCACCAGAAGCAAAUUUAAAAGUUCAAGUUAAAACAAAAUCAAAUGUUUUUAAUUUUCUUCUUGAUCAUCAUCAUCGAAAAAGUUCCGAAGCAUCGAAAAAAGGACCUAUCAAUGCACCACCAACAUUUGAUAUUAAUAACAAGAUUCAUAUAGUUGCUGAUACAGAUAAAUUAUAUCCUGAUAUUCCACGUCCAUUUGCAUUUGAUGUUUUAUCUGAUCUUGAUUUUGAAUUACUUAAUAAAGUUGAUUAUAAAUUUCAAUAUGAUCUUCGUCGUCGCCAACGUUCAGCAGUAUUUACAUAUCAUAGUCAAGUUGAUAAAAUAACUGAUGGUCAUUUAUUUUCUGGUACAAGUAAAUCGGAAUUACAAUGGGAUAAUAAACAAAAAAAAGCCACAUCAACUGGUAGCUUUUCUAUUUGUACAAAUUCACGUUCAUUAAAAACACAUUGGGAUAUUGAUACAAAUAUUGUACCAGAUAAAAAUGAUGUUACACUUGAUGUAAAUAUUCGUUUUGAUCGACAACCUAAAAAAGAUUCACCAAAAUCAUUUAUUGGCACAUAUAAUGUCACACUUCGUGCACCUAAACAUGAAUCAAUUCAAUUAAUUGAUCUUGAUGGUAAUCUAACUAAACAAAUAGGUAAAUUUGAAACAUACAAUUCAAUUGCUUUUCGUCGUGAGAAAAAAUUAAAAGAACUUAAUUUAAAUGUUAUUGUUCAUCGUAAUCAAACAGGUGAUGGUUCAUUAAAAACAAAACUUGCACUUUCAUUACCAUUUAAAUAUAUUCCAUACAUAACACAUAAAUUAAUAAUACAACGAACAGCAUCAAAUGGACGCGUUAAAAAUAUUCAAUCAAAACUUCUUGCUAAGCCUGUUUUUGCACAUUAUGGUCAAAUUAAUAUUGAUCGUUCAGAUGAUGAUAAAAAACCACCAUGUGUACAUGUUAAAAAUGUAGUUGAAUAUUUACGUGCUAAUGGUGAUAAUUUAAAUGGUUUCUCAGAAAUUAAUGUACAUCGUUGGUCAAAAUUACAUACAGAAGGUUAUUUUAAACGUAAUAAUGAUUUAUUACAUAAACAUUCAAUUGGAUAUAUUUUUUCAAAUAAAACACGAAAAAUUGCAUUUUCAUUAGCAAGUCCACAAAUAUCAAAAAAUCCAUUAAGUUUUAUUGGUGAAUUAACUAUUGAUCGAGAAAAUCGAAUUGGAAAAUUAAAAUGGCCACAAGAAGUAACAUUUCAUCUAGAAUUUGGUACUCCAUUAUCAAACUUAACUGCAGUUUAUGUUUCCUACAAGUUACCUAUGUUUAAUAAAGAUGCUGAUCGAACUGUUGAUGCAUAUGUUGGUUUUAAACUUGCUUCACCAAAAAUUACACCAAUUAGUAUGUAUUUUUAUGGUAAAGGUUCACUGAACACAACUCUUCAUAUUAGUGAUACUAUUAAUAUUGGUGAUGAUAUAUCAUUAGGUGGUUCAUUAACAGCACAAUAUAAUCCUCAAUUAAUAAGUCAAAUAAGUAUUUCAACGGCUACAAAAUUUUAUGAUAAAGAAUUUCAAAAUUCACUUUAUGCACUUUUAAAACAACAUCAAUUAAUUGUACGUGGUAUUAUAAAUACAACAAAUGAUGAAGAUUAUAAAUAUGAAAUGGAUAUUGGUUUUGAUGAUGAUUCAUUAACUGGACAUACAGAACGAACUGAUGGACAACAAACAAUUAUAUCUGAUAUUGAUGCGAAAAAAUGUACACCAACCGAGAAAUUUUCUCGUUGUUAUAAAGGUGAUAUAACUGUUCGAACAGGUGUUAGUGGUGCGGGUAAAAAAGGUACAUUUGAUGUUAGUCUUGGUCGUGGUUCAGCUAAAAUUGAUAUUAAAGUACCAGAACAAAUUGAACUUAAAUUUAAUCAUAUACAUAAUGGUCGUAUACGUGAUGAAGAUUUUAGUUCAAAAACAACAAUUGAAGGAAAAUCUUUACAAGCUGAUAAUAAACGUUCAUUUAAUUAUGCUGGUUCAGUUGAAAAAGAAGAUGGUAAAUGGAAUAAUAUUCAAUUACAAAGUUCAAUAGCAGAUAAAAAAACUGGACAAAAAGUCUUAGCAAGUGAUAUUAAUUUUAAUCAAAAAAUAACAAAUAAACUUUCGGGACAAUUUCAACGUAAAAUUAAUGUUAAUAUUCAACGAUCAGGUUUAACUGUUAUUGAUUGGGCAAGUGAUGCGGUUAGUUGUAAAGAUGCUAAUCCGUCAAAUGUUCUUACGGGUAUUUGUGAAACAGGAAAAUUUACUUUAAAAACAAGUAAUGUAUUAGCACAAAGACUUCGACAACGUCUUGAAUUACCACCUGAUCCGAAAUUAUCAAAUGCAGCUGGACAAGUCACAUAUGAUGGUACAUUAAAAUUAGAUUUAAAAUUUGAUCCUAAAACAGGUCCACAUACAUGUAGUCUUGAUAUUAAUCGUUUACAAGAAGAUGCUGUUGAUUUAAAUGUUUCAUAUCAACCACGAUAUGAUAAAGAACCAAUGAAUCUUGAUUUAAAAGCAAAUUUUCCACGACAAAAUCCUAUAUCAGUUAAAUAUGAUGAAAAACGUAAUACACAAACAAAUUUUCAUGGUACGUUAAAAUAUUCAUUUAAUUCAAAUGAUAAAACAGCUGAGAAAGCAUAUGAAUGUGAUGUUGAUCGACCUGAUGCAAGUGAUUUUUCAGUGAAUUGUAAAGGUGAACGAACAACAUUAACUAUUGAUGUUGAUCGUAAUGCUGGAAAAUCAAAAGCUUAUAUUGAUUUAAAUCGAUUUGAAGGUGAAAGAUUCGGAUAUGAAGGUACACGUAAUCAAAAAACAAAUGAAUUAGAUUUUACAUUAUAUACAUUAAUUACAUCAUGGAAUAUUAAACGACAACCAGGAAAAUCAGCUACGAUUGUAGUUAAACAAAAAACGAAAGAAGUUUUACGUGUCGAAAGUGUAAAAGUUAAUGAUCACGAAGUUACUAUGAAAUUUACACCAUCAAAUAUUCAACUUAAACUUGAAUGGGAUAAUUCAACUGUUGUAACUUUAAAACAAACACAACCUCAACAACGAAAUCUUGCAACAUUAACUGUUGAUCGUGCAAGAAUACGUUCGUAUUUGCCAUCAUUACGUAAUCAAAAUCGACCAUCACAUGAUAUUGAUGAAGCAGGAUCAACAUCGAAAAAACCAUUAGUUGAAUUAGCAUUUGAUUCUCAUACAAUUAUUUCACUUUCUCAAGCUCUUAAUAAAUUAGGUUCACAUAAUGGUCUCUAUGGUUUAGAUACAGUUAAAAAAUCAUUUAAAUUACAAAUAGGUGAUGCACCAUUAACAGUUUAUAAUAUUCAACAUUGGAAAACACAUCGAGAACAUAGUCAAUUACCGGAAAGUUAUUCUAUUCGUAUUGUUAAUGAUGCUAAUGGAAAUUUUAUUCAAGCAACAACAAAUAAAUGGAAUGAAGAUCGAUUAAUUGCAAAAAUAAGUCAUUCAUUUGAUGGUGGUAAAACAACAACAACAGAUUUGAAAGUUGAUAGAAAUUAUGGACAUCAAGUUGGUUCAAUUUAUUUUUUUCAUAGUUUAGGUUAUCGAAAUAUUGAAGGAUCCAGACAACUUCGAAAUUUUACACGACAUUUUCUUCGUAGUCAUUUAUUAAAAGAUUUAAAUCAAACAAAUCUUGCUGAAUUAGUUCGAGGCUUUCGUAAACGAGUACGAUCAAUUUUGGAUGUAGAUUAUAAUGCUCUCAAAGCAAUUGUUGCAACAUGGAAAGAGGAACCAGAAAAGAGCUUUCUUCGACAAUGGUCUAAUCGUCUUGGUUUAUCGGAAUUUUUUGUAAAAUAUCCAACGUUUGGUGAAGCAUCAGAUCGUAUAUCUGUUAUUCUUCGUGAACGUGCUCGUGAACGUGAAGAAUUCUGGCGUAAUCGUAUUGCAGCAAUUGUUGAUGAAAAUCGUAUAAAAGAUUUAGCUGAACGUGCUCAAGCUCGUCGAACAGAAUUAAUCAAGCGUUUAUUAGAUAAAGCAGAAAAAGCUCUCGAUCGUUUCUUACCAAAAGUAGAUCAAGCUGAUGUUGACAAACGUAUAGCUAAUUAUAUUACAAAAUUACUAGCAACAUUUGAACAAUAUUCUAAACGAAAAACUGAACAAUGGAAAGCAGUAUUUAAAGCUAUUGAUAAUGCAAGUAAAGGUGAAGAAAAUAAAUGGUUUCGAAUCUUAGUUGCUGAUAUUGAUUCAGAUGCAUUUGCUAAAGCUGCUGAUGCCGAAACAGAUAAAGUCAUUAAAAAAUUAGGUGAUUCAUCAAAAUUAUUUAUUAGUAAUCUUCAACAUUUAUCAAAACGUAUUACAAAACGACGAGAAGCUAUUCGUGAACGUGUUAAAAAUGCUAUUCGACAUAUUCCAAAGGCAUAUAUUAAUAAUACAAAUUUUGAAGUAUUAGUACCACUUGGUCGUGAACCAGGUAGUUAUAUUGGUCGAAGUGAAUUAGUACUUGGAGUUGGUAGUCUUCUUCGAAAUCGUGAUCAAGCAUAUGAUACAAUACGUUCAAUAUUAGAAAGUCGUAUAACAGCACGUAUGGAAAAACUUAAAAAUUCUUUUAAAGCAUUACGUUCACUUCUCAAACGUUUAUUGAAACGUAAUCCAUCAUUAACACCUGAAUUUAAAGCUAUUAUUGCUCAAACAGGUGAUGCUAUUGAUCUACAUGGAAAUUAUAUUUAUUUAAAUCCAGCUUGUGAUUAUAUCAUAGCUCAUGAUUUUUUUAAUUUACAAUUUUCAUUCCGUUAUUUUAAUGGUAAAAUUUAUUCAAUAAUUCCAAAUCAAGUUGAAAUUAAAGAUCAUGAAUGUUCCGAUACGGGUCGUGUACAAGUUUGUAAUCAUGGAGGUUUUUAUACUCUUAAUGUACCAAUGCAUUAUAGUGAUAAUGUUGAUGGUGCAGUUGGUAGUGCACGUGAUCGUACUCGUACGAAAAAUGCUAAUCUUAGUCGUUGGUUAGUAAAAGAUUGUCCAGCUGCAACACGUGAUCAACCGAAAAAAGGUGGACAAGCUAUUAUUGAAUGUACUAGUAAUGAUGAUGAUGAUGAAGAAUUUUGUGAAAAUUUUGUUCGAACUGGUUUAAAAGAAGGAAAAGAUAGACGACAAUUAAUUGCACAAGCUUUACAAGCACGUCAAGCAUCAACAUAA